GGUAAAAUUUCUCUAUUUAUAGAAGACAAAGAUUGUGAAUAACAAGGAAGUUUCAUAAUAAUUGAUUCAAAAUAGAAGUCAGAUAAGAGUAGGCUUAGGUCAAGCCAUCACAACAACAUAAUAGUCCCCUUGCUAAUUAGGUCAUAUACCGUCAAUCAAUCAUCUAAUUAUCAUCUUUUACAUACGGAUCAUCAAAAAGAUAUAACGGGGAAGAAAUCAUCACACGAACUCAAAUAGAUCAGUAUUGACACGAUUGAAAUGAGUUCGGAGCAGCGGUUUAGUUUUCAUAAGGAUUUCCAAUCCCUACAGCAGAAAAGACGACCAAAAGUAGGUGGAGUUGGUGUGAUACCUAUAAAUAAUCUUUCCAAUGCCAAUUCAAUUGAAAUUAAAACUCCUUCUAGAAUAAACAUUUUAGAUAACAAUGUUAAACGAGAUUCUACAUUCAAAAGAGCUUCAGAUAGUUCACCAUCUAAUCAUUAUUCAAGUAGUGGAUCCAAUCUAUCCAGUAUAACUUCCAAAGCUGAAUUAUUACGAGAAGAAUUAGAUCAUUUACCUGAUUCAUUAAUAGCUGAUUCAACUCCCAUACGACAAACCAUAUCAUCAUCACAAUCUACCUUUGGACAAAAGUCAAAAUAUAAUGACGUGUUUCAUAAUAGUGUUGAUCUUAGUGAACUACUACUGGACGAUAUAGAGCCGAAAUAUUCUAUGGAUUUAGAAUCAUUGAAGAUUAAUAAUAAAAGUUCGAUUGAAAGAGGAUCAAAUAAUUUAAAGUUGCAAGUAUCGUUCAAUGGGAUGUUUAUCUAUUUCACAAACUACAAUCGCAUCAUUGAUGGAACCAUCAUCAAAAGUAAAGGUCAUUUAAGUAACAUCAUUUUUUCAAAAUCAUUUUUCAUAUUUGAAAUGAAAAAUUAUAAAGGGUUUAUAUUGGUUAAACCAUUAGAACAAAAUCAUUUCCGAGAGUUUAUUAAAGAUUCUACAAUCUGGCCAAUUGAACCUAAAACUUUCACUCCAAAGGAAGCUGAAAAAUAUAUUAGUCAAUUAACUCAAGCUUGUCAAUUUUCAGAUCAAACAUUUAAAUCUGAUACAAGACUUACUCCAUUAUCUACCAAAACUUUCUUUUCUCCUGAUUUAAGAAGUACAAGAUCAAAAGCUAGAUCUGAAGCAUUUGGAAAUCUUGGAGGUUCACAUAAAGAACCAAUUAGCAUAUCUGAACCAUCACAGACUUCCAAUAUACUAUCAUCAUUCCGAAAUAAUAAUCUAAGAAGACCAACCAAACCAUCUAUAAUUGACGAUGAAAUCACCGUUAAAGAAACUCCAGCACCAUUUUCUCCUGAUUUGAAAUAUCGAUUUGCUCAUAAUAAAUUAGUCACCAUCACGUAUUCUGAUUUUAAAACAUUAUAUAAUAAUGAUUGGAUUAAUGAUUCUGUGAUUGACUUUUUCAUUCAAUAUGAAAUUGAUAAAGUGGUUCAUCAAUAUAAAUUAUUACAAGCUGAAGAUAUCUAUGCAUUAAAUUCAUUUUUCUUUACGAAAUUAAUGUAUAAAUCAAAUAUCCAAGAAACCCCUGAUUAUUAUGGUAAUAUCAAGAGAUGGUUGACGAAAGUUGAUAUUAUGAAUUAUCCAUACGUGAUCAUACCGAUCAAUGAAAAUGCCCAUUGGUAUUGUUGUGUGAUUAAAGGGUUACCUAACUUGUUGGAAAAAGGGUUGGCUGAUAAAAAAGCAAAAGAAUUAAAUAGAAUCAUCAUACCUGAUAGUCAAGAUUAUCAAGAAUUUAAUUUUGAAGCUUAUAAAGCUCGAAUUGAGAAUGAUGAUGAUAGUGAUGAUGAUCGAGAUCGAGAUCAGGAUUAUAAUGAUGCUAAUACUGAAAGUCCCAAACCGAAUGAUACUAAUGGUGGUGUUCCUAACAAUAAUUCAAAAAAUCAAGCAGUUAAAAAAUUUCAAACUGAAAUAUUCGUAUUUGAUUCAUUAGCUCAAACUCAUUCUAAUAUUAGUUUCCCAAUUAAAAAGUUCAUCAUUGAUUAUUGUGCUGAUAAGUAUGGUAUAGAAAUUGCGAAACAACAACUUCGAGUUAUAAAUGCUCGAGUUCCUAAACAAAGUAAUUUUAAUGAUUGUGGGAUUCAUGUCAUUUAUAAUGUUAAGACUUGGUUAAAUAAUAUUGCGGAUUGUGAAAGAAUUUGGAAAGGACAUAGUAGUAAUAGAGGGGGAGGUGGUAGAAGAAGUAUAUUUGUGGCGGAAGAAAGAAAUAAUACCAGAAAGCAGCUUAUUGAUAUACUUUUAAAAUUGCAUAAGGAACAAUCGUUAACUCAGAUUGAAGUUAAUAAUGGAGGACCUGAUUCAGAUGAUGAUUUAGAAGUUAUUGAAUGUACACCUGAAGUAGAAGAUAAACCAAAAAAGGAUAGUCAAGAUCAAACUCUUACUAACAAGCCAGUUGAACCUGAAAAACACGUUGAACGUGAAACUCAAGUUGGAUCUGAAACUCCUAUAGUUGAAAAUUCUCAAACUAUUGUCAAUCGGUCUCCAGUGGAAUAUCCAACCACGUUAGAUCCAAGAGCUCAGCCUAAGGAAAGAUUUAUAAACGUAACUCUUAAUAAAAAACUUGAAGGGAGAGAAUUAGAUGACUCGGUGGUAAGGUUUUUAAAUGAAUUAUUUGAUAAGAAAAAUCGAGAAAUUGGUCCGGUAUUAUUAGAAGUUGUUACUGAUAUGUGUCAAGAUCUUCUUGAAUUCGAUCCUGACUCGGAUAAGGGCAUUGCUAGACUCCGUGCAUUUAAGGAUGAUUAUGAACUUCAUUCUAAGCAACAAGGUGAAUCAACUAGACCUAAACAUCAGGAGUUUAGGAUAGAUCCUAAUAUUGAACCGUUCAAUACUAGUCGUGAUAAUGAUUCUGAUGAUGUGAAUGAAAGUGUUUCAAAGUUAAAAAUAUCAAGUAAGCUGCCUAUAGAUAAAUCCAAUUCAAUAUUAAAGGAAUUUGAUGGUCGAAAAACUCCUGAUCCAAUACCAUUAUUCAAGGGUAGAUCAAUAUCAAAGGAAUUACCCAAGCAUUGGAAAUCGCCUACACCUGUCGGUUCAAGAUCAGUAAGUUCCACAUCCACGCGAAGUCCAUCAAGUGGUAGAAGGGCAACGUCCACACCUAUCGAAACCAUUACUAUAGUUGAUACGGUCGACGUUCAAUCCAAACCUAAUGGAUAUGUGAGUCCAGGAAGAAAACUGAAAUCAAAUGGAUUUGGGAGACUCUCUAGGAAGGAAUCAAAGCGAAGACGCAUAAAUUAAUAGUAAUUAACAGCAUUUAGCAUUUAGCAUAUAUAAAUAUGUAUAUCUUUUACAUAGCACUUUGUGGAUAAAACGAU